AAUGAAUGAUUAGUGUCUGUAUGGCGCAAAGGAAUCUAAAAGAUCUCUUCAGCAAAUUGCCAUCUUUCAUCCAAGGCGUCAUCCAAGGCGUGAGGAAAAGAAUAAGAAUACCUCUUCUGAAGUCUCCACCUCUGUGGAGGAAAAGAAUAACAAAUACACCAGAACAUUGGAGGGAAAGGGAAUAACUUAUGAGAAAACCAAAAUUGUGGUAAAAGGUUCUGUAGUAGACCCUUGGAAAAGAAAGGUGAUUGGGUGAUGUGAAUCCCAGGUCCCCAAACAAAACUAAGGCCUCUUAAACUCCAAAUCUCCACCUUGAAUAACAAAUUAAUCACAGCCAUUUUGCCCGUACACUUGGAUUUUGUAUUUUAUUGGUCCCAUUCCCAAAAUACCCAGAAGACGGAGCAAGGGUUGAAAGACAACAAAACUGAUUUUAUAAGCCUCAGUUGUCAAAUCAUGGAGAAACGGGUAUUGAUGAUACUGGUUCUGAUGGUGGCCUCCAUGAGUUGUUUGGCUCCGUGUUCAGCUUCUUCGUUCUUUAAGGAUAAGCCAUGGGAGAGAAGGAGGCCAAUUCUGUCGGUUCCGAUAGCAUCUUCUUCGUUUGCUUCAUCCUCCAUUGUGAUGCCUCUUCAAGGGAACGUCUAUCCAAAUGGGUUCUAUAACGUUACUCUUUAUGUAGGCCAGCCUCCAAAGCCUUACUUCCUAGAUCCAGACACCGGUAGUGAUCUCACUUGGCUUCAAUGUGACGCUCCAUGUCAACAAUGCACUGAGACACUUCAUCCGCUCUAUCAACCAAGCAAUGAUCUUGUGCCGUGUAAGGACCCUUUGUGUAUGUCCUUGCACUCAUCGAUGGACCACAGAUGUGAGAACCCAGAUCAAUGUGACUACGAGGUUGAGUAUGCAGAUGGCGGUUCGUCUCUUGGAGUCCUUGUCAGGGAUGUAUUUCCUCUCAAUUUAACCAAUGGAGAUCCAAUUAGACCCCGUCUGGCCCUCGGAUGUGGUUAUGAUCAAGAUCCUGGAUCGUCAUCUUAUCACCCUAUGGAUGGAGUACUUGGCCUUGGAAGGGGAGCAGUAAGCAUGGUCUCACAACUGCAUAAUCAAGGCAUUGUCCGUAAUGUCGUUGGUCACUGUUUCAGCAGCAAAGGAGGAGGAUAUCUUUUCUUUGGGGAUGGCAUUUACGAUCCCUAUCGCAUAGUUUGGACGCCCAUGUCACGGGAUUACCCGAAGCACUACUCCCCUGGGUUUGGAGAACUAAUCUUCAAUGGAAGAAGUACUGGACUCAGAAACCUGUUUGUAGUUUUUGACAGUGGGAGCUCUUACACAUACUUCAAUGCUCAAGCUUAUCAAGUUCUAACAUCUUUGUUGAAUAGAGAACUAGCUGGAAAACCACUAAGAGAAGCCAUGGAUGACGAUACGCUUCCGCUCUGCUGGAGAGGGCGGAAGCCAUUCAAAAGUUUACGUGAUGUGAGAAAAUAUUUCAAGCCAUUGGCCUUGAGCUUUUCCAGCGGUGGAAGAAGCAAAGCAGUGUUUGAAAUACCAAUGGAAGGUUAUCUGAUAAUAUCGGUAAAAGCUCCAUGCCUUCAAUUCCAUCUGCUAUUCACUGAACAUUUUUUUCUUUGGAUUUUGAACUUGAAUGAUUUCACUUAUAAGUUAAUUUCGGAAUGGCAGUCCAUGGGAAAUGCUUGCUUAGGAAUUCUGAACGGCACCGACGUCGGGCUUGAAAACUCGAAUAUAAUUGGUGAUAUAUCAAUGCAAGAUAAAAUGGUAGUAUACAACAACGAGAAGCAAGCAAUUGGAUGGGCUACUGCUAACUGUGAUCGGGUUCCCAAGUCUCGAGUUGGUAGCAUGUAAAUCAGAAAGUAGUUUAGUUUGAGAGGAAGUCCUUGCAUAUGGCAAUAGAGUAGAAGAAACUUGUAACAACGCCAUUGAACAUGUAACUAACAUAUGCAUAAAGCAAGCAACCGAACAACUGUUGUAUUGUAACAUGAUGAAAUACAGUUUGAUGUACCAAAUGAAGAAAUAGAAUUAGAACUGACAAUUUUUUUUU